UUUACCGAGACCUCAACCAUAUACAAUGACUAGGAGAUAAGUCUGAGUGAAUUCUGAAAGAUGAAAUGUUCGUGACUUGUAAACGAUGCCGAAGAACACUGAAUGAAGAGAUGACUUGUGAUUUGUAAACGAUGCUGAAGAACACUGAAUGAAGAGAUGACUUGUGAUUUUUAAACAAUAUUGAAGAACACUGAAUGACUAGAAGACUUGUGAUUUGUAAACAAUGCUGAAUAACACUGAAUGAAGAGAUGACUUGUGAUUUGUAAACGAUGCUGAAGAACACUGCAUGAAGAGAUGACUGUGAUUUGUAAAUGAUGCUGGAGGAUUGCUGUGAGCACCGACAGCAAACGGAGACCCUCUACCAGAUAGAGGACCCAGCGGUUAAACUGCAAGAGCAAGUGGACUGGGAGCAAAGGACUGCAAUAACACAACAGAACCAGGAUACCAGGGGUUAACCUGGGAGCACAGAGCUUGAACACCUUACAGCAGCAAGUAACUUGAAGAACUGGCACCAUGACUAAGCAUCAACCCCUUUUUAUAAGGGAAGACUGCACCGGAUUGGCUGGACGCAAACUGGGAUACCUAUUGGCUUGGCUUGGUCUCCAACAUGGCGGCUCCCUACACAGAGGACACGUGUGGAGUCGGCACACAGCCACUACCUCUGGCCUCAGCCUCCCAGACGCCGCACUCCAGCAACAGGACACUUGGGAACAGACACCUCCAGCUGCCAUGCCCCAGGACACCGGCCUCCAGAUGCCUUGCAGCCGCUCCGGACAGACACCUCGCCGCUGCAGCUCCUAUCCACCGCAGCCACACCAGCCAGCUAACAUGAAGGCCGCAGGGACCGGAACCGGAGUUGAGGACCUGAUAAAAUAUCUUGACCCACAAUACAUCGACAGAAUUGCUGUUCCUGACUCCAUAAAACUGGAAAUCAUUUUGGCAGAAGAGCGGUAUAUCCUGACCCAAGCCUCGCUACUGGAAGAACUACACACUCUGCAGCCACUGCUGGACAGCGAGCACAUCAAAGCGGUUCCAGCUCAGGCCUCCAAGUUACAAGCUCUGUCCCAGGUGCACAUAAAGCAACAGGACCAGUGCGAUGAGAUUACAGCCGAAACUAAGAAGAUGUUUGAGGACUACAACAAAAUGACCGUGCUUCUGUCCAAGCAUUUUGUUAUGUGGGAUGAGACCCUCUCGCAGCUGGAGGCAGCGAAACAAGUGAAACCGCUUUCUGAGUGAUAUCGUCCUAUGCCGACAGCCUCCGACACGCCUGUUAUUUAUAAGACUCCGUAUGUGUAUUGCAUGUCGCCUCUCCCUGUCGCCGCGCCGGUCUGCCCUCCGGCCGCAGCAGAUUGUCUUCUGGUCUAAGCUGCGGUGCGACCGGACCCUGAUGUGGGGACGUGGUGUUGUCAGGGGCUAGUGCCCGAGACCUUAGUUCAUGUCUGUUUCUGAUCUCUGCACUAAUACAAGGAUUACUGUAAUACCGAGUCCUCCAGCUCCGCCCAGCGAGAUAUUAUCUUAUGCUGUAUGUACUGUGUGCUGUCCAGGUAAUAUUACAGGUUAUUACACGCUUUCAUCACCCUGCGCUGACCCCAGACACAAUGCAGUAAUAUUCUCCUUCCACCACUGUAUGCGGAGAGAUUCUGUACAGUAAUAAGCAGACAGAGAUGGCCAUUCAAGCAAUUCAAACCUUCAAGGAAAAAUAUUGAAAUAAAAACCGAUUUGCCCCUGUUGUACAUGUAAUAUUUCCAUAUGUCUGUGUCCCAAUGCCCCCAGUACAGUAGCUGUCUCCCAGUAUAAGCGACAUUCCUGAGUGUCCGUUGCUGACUGCCUCACGUUCUCUCGAUGUAAUCUCUGCGCUGUAUCCAGUCUGUAAUAAAGUUGACACAUGAAA